AUGGAGGAGGGAGAGGAGAAGCAAGGCGGUGAAGUGUCGGCUUUAACCGAACAACGCAGACUGCACGUCCACUUGCUUGCACCGGGUUUUGCAGUGGCAUUGCUGUGCUGCGGGGGAGAGAUUGAAAGGAUCCAGCAGCGAGGCAGGGGGAGAGGGAGGGAGCCUUUAGUGCCUUGGGUUUGUGUUUGUUUGCAGAGUAGCGUUCGUGCUGGUUUCGUGUCAUCGAAGGGUGAGAGGCGGAAGCUGGUGAUAGAGGUGGUGGGUUGGUUUUUGGCUUGGAGUUUCUUCGAGCUGCUUGCUGAGUGGAGGUCGUUCGAGGAUUUCGAAGAGGCCCAGGUUUUCCUGAACACGAUGGGCACUUUGGCAGCUAUCAAUGAAGCAAUUUCAUGUCACCAUUUGAUCCAUUCCAUCACCAAGGCAGAGGGUCCAAGCACUAGCAGCAACAACCUCUUUCAAAGGACGGGCCUGUUGGCAUUUCCUCGUCAGCGAAAGUCCACAUCUCGGUGCCGAAGCCAUAGAAAACGAAAUGUUUGGCAGUCAUCGGCUACAUCCAUUCAUGGAUUGUCAGAGCUGCCCACAAGUAUAGACGUAGAAGGUUUAGUGGCUGAGGCUCCCGCGUUGCUGGCGCUUUCCUCAGACCUCGAUUGGCAGCAGUCUGUCGCUGAGCUGCGGGAAAACGCCCUUGAUAUGUUGAGUGCGCGGGGCGAGGCAGAGAUUGCUUUGGAACGAUUAGGAGACGACAUGAGUGCUUGGUUGCAUGAUAAAAUGUUCGAGAGUAUCUUGCAACCGCCUCUCCCUAAGGGUGUCCAAAAGCUUCUAGAAUUUAAUGAACUCAGCAUCCGCAUUAGCGUGGAGGAAUUGCGGUGGCAAGCUGCCCUACAGGCGACAGAGGAGCUAGCUCAAGGCGUGGAAGGUAGCUUUGAUUGGGAAUCCGAGGUUGCAGAGCUGCGUCAAUGCGUUGCAAAGCAGGAACACGCUGAUCUUGAGCACAAGUUAUGGAAUUCAUGGCAAACUGCUCGUGAGAGUAUGGACAGGGAUGCUGAACUCCUGCAAAAUGAUGCACUCAAGUCAGAGUCGCAGGAUGAUUCUUACCUGACGCUGUUAUCCGAAACUGGCAUAGAUAAGUCGUUGGAGCACGCCAACAGCUCACACGGUGCUCUUGAGAAGUCCGUCUCAUGGUGGACCUUAGGUGUAGCGAUGGUAGGUUGGUAUGGAAGCCAAGCUAUGGACUCCAUCGCUGCCGAGGAGUCUGUCUCUUCAGCUGCCAGCGAGGUUGCACCGGGAUGGGUGGCACCCUCCGUUCUGGCCUUCCCUGUGGUCUCAUAUUUCCUCUUCACUUUAUACCGUAACAAGGUGAACCCAUACGCCAAGCUUACAGACUGGGUGUUCGGACUCGUUGCCAUGGGAAUCAUCGGCAACAUCGUUCUCAUCAAAACAGUUGGGGUGCGGCUGUAUUGAAACAGAAAGCACACACCCACACGCUGAUUCAACUCAUUCAAAGAGAGCAGCAGGGCGUUAGCUACAGCUACAACACCAAAGACAUAUUGUAAAGACGGAAGAGCUACUCAAACCAGCUUCAUGGUUUUUGGAAUUCGACGAAAACUUCAGCUUGGAAGCAGGGAGUGUAUGAAUAUGUGUGUGUGUGUGGAUGUUUGUGUCUGCCAUCACUGUUUCAAUGGACUCACUGCUGAAUUAGGUGCGAGGAUGUCACAUAGCUUUGCAAACCACGCUUCAUUUCGGCCAGAGUUUGCCAAUGAAUUGCUGUCAAACGUGGAUUCGAAACAUACUAAGACACUCUUUCAAUUGAUAGAACUUGUUUUUCACUCAUCAAAAGAAAUAUACGACGCAGGCGUUAUAAGAAAA